AUGGCAUCGAAAAUCCUUCUUUGUGUUUUUGCCCAAGUUUUGCUCAUCCAGAGCAUCUCAGCGUACUGUGCUGGCAGCGCAUACAAUGCUGCGUUGAACGCACCAUUCGCCGCCGACGCUUACGCAACUGAGAGAUAUGCGGCUAACCGCAUCGCUUCCGACCGCUAUGGAGCUGAACGCUUAGCCGCCGACGCUUACGCUACUGAAAGAUACGCUGCUGACCGUGUCGCUGCUGACCGUUUUGCCGCUGAUGCCUAUGCCACUGAAAGAUACGCCGCUGCACCAUUCGCUGGUCCUCUUGCUUCACCAAUGGCCUCUCCCCUAGGUAGUCGAUUUGCAUCCCCUCUUGCUGGUCCCUUUGCUGCUUCCUACGGAGAAAUUCCUUUAAGUUACGCAGCCACCGCUUCUGCCUCCCACGGGGGCCCCCUCCCAGUUGCCAGUUCCUCCCCGAUCCCCCCCAACGGUGUGUCUGUCUUCUCAGAGAACGCUAUCGAAGGUGCUUUAGCUGUUUCCGGUCAAUUACCCUUCUUGGGAACAGUUGCUUUGGAAGGUGCUUUGCCCACAGCUGGUUCUGGUGCAGUUAACUUUGGCGCUGGUAACGGCAAUGUUGCUAUCCUGAAUGAGGAAGCCUCAGGAUAUGGUUACGAACCAAUGGCCUAUGGUUACGAACCAAUGGCCUAUGGUUUCGGACGUGGACUUGGCUGCGGUGCCCGUUACUAA